GAGCUACGGAUCUGGUUACAGAUUUACUUCGAACAAUGUCUGAUGUGUGGACUAAAGUCCCCUUGGCCUUCGUAAAGCCAUCCCCUCUUUUCCUCAGGAACCGCUCACACCUGUACCCCAAAGAUGAGGGCCCAGGAGAACCUGGAGGGCCGGACACAGCAGCAGUCCCUGGGCUCCGCAGGGAACUCCACGAGGGAUCCCACGGUGUCCCUGCCCAGAGAGCCCAAGUUUGACAUGUUGUACAAGAUUGAGGAUGUGCCACCCUGGUACCUGUGUGUUCUGCUGGGCUUCCAGCAUUACUUGACAUGCUUCAGUGGCACCAUUGCUGUGCCCUUCCUUCUGGCUGAGGCGCUGUGUGUGGGCCGGGACCAGCACAUGGUCAGCCAGCUCAUCGGUACCAUCUUCACCUGCGUGGGCAUCACCACCCUCAUCCAGACCACACUGGGAAUCCGGCUGCCGCUGUUCCAGGCCAGCGCCUUUGCAUUUCUGGUCCCAGCCAAAGCCAUCCUGGCCCUGGAGAGAUGGAAAUGCCCCCCAGAAGAGGAGAUCUACGGUAACUGGAGUCUUCCCCUGAACACCUCUCAUAUCUGGCACCCACGGAUACGAGAGGUCCAGGGUGCAAUCAUGGUGUCCAGCACGGUAGAGGUGGUGAUCGGGCUGAUGGGGCUGCCUGGGGCCCUGCUCAGCUACAUAGGACCUCUCACGGUCACCCCCACUGUCUCCCUCAUUGGCCUCUCUGUCUUCCAAGCUGCUGGUGACCGAGCUGGCUCCCACUGGGGCAUCUCAGCUUGUUCCAUUCUCCUGAUCGUCCUCUUCUCCCAGUACCUGCGUAACUUCACCUUCCUGCUGCCUGUCUACCGCUGGGGCAAGGGCCUGACUCUCUUCCGCAUCCAGAUCUUCAAGAUGUUUCCAAUUGUGCUGGCCAUCAUGACCGUGUGGCUACUCUGCUAUGUCCUGACCCUGACGAACGUGCUGCCCUCAGACCCCACAGCUUACGGCUUCCAGGCACGGACGGACGCACGAGGGGACAUCAUGGCUAUUGCGCCCUGGAUCCGCAUCCCCUACCCCUGUCAGUGGGGCCUGCCCACGGUGACUGCGGCUGCUGUCCUGGGAAUGUUCAGUGCCACACUGGCGGGCAUCAUUGAGUCCAUCGGAGAUUACUAUGCUUGUGCCCGCCUGGCUGGCGCCCCACCCCCUCCAGUACAUGCCAUCAACAGGGGCAUCUUCACAGAAGGCAUCUGCUGCAUUAUCGCAGGGCUGUUGGGCACAGGCAACGGGUCCACCUCGUCCAGCCCCAACAUCGGCGUUCUGGGGAUUACCAAGGUAGGCAGCCGGCGCGUGGUGCAGUAUGGUGCGGGCAUCAUGCUAGUGCUGGGCACGAUUGGCAAGUUCACCGCCCUUUUUGCUUCGCUCCCUGACCCCAUAUUGGGGGGCAUGUUCUGCACCCUUUUCGGCAUGAUUACGGCUGUGGGGCUGUCCAACUUGCAGUUCGUGGACAUGAACUCCUCCCGCAACCUGUUCGUGCUCGGAUUUUCCAUGUUUUUUGGGCUCACGCUGCCCAAUUACCUGGAGUCCAACCCCGGCGCCAUCAACACAGGCGUUCCUGAAGUGGACCAGAUUCUGACAGUGCUGCUGACCACAGAGAUGUUCGUGGGUGGGUGCCUCGCUUUCAUACUGGACAACACAGUGCCAGGGAGCCCAGAGGAACGAGGUCUGAUACAGUGGAAAGCUGGGGCCCAUGCCAACAGCGAGAUGUCUACCAGUCUCAAGAGCUAUGACUUCCCCAUCGGGAUGAGCGUGGUAAAAAGGAUUGCCUUUCUGAAAUACAUUCCUAUCUGCCCCGUCUUCAAAGGAUUUUCUUCAAGGUCGAAAACCCAGCUUCCAGUUCCAGAAGACACUCCAGAAAAUAUACAAACUGGAACUGCAUGCACCAAAGUCUGAAAAAUUACUCCUAGGAAAGGUAGGACGUGUGUUAAGACUGCCUUUUGUAGGAGGGUUGAAAAAAAAAAAAUCACAAUAUUCUUAUAUUUUAACCAAAGAAAAACAAAACCA